UUUAUUCACAGUGUAAAUGAAUUGCAGGAUAUGAAAAAAUCAUAUAUCAGCUUAUCACAAAAGCAUUCUUUCACAGAAAAGGAACUCGACCAGCUAAAGAAAAACUUCACCUAUUUAUCAUCAAGCUACAUGACCCUUCAAGUUAAUUACAGCAGACUUUUAGACAAAAAGUGCUUGUUUUGCCCACGAGGAUGGAUGAUUCAUAAUUCAUCAUGUUAUUAUAUCUCAAUGGACAAAAUGAAUUGGGCUGCUAGUCGAGAUGACUGCAAAGCUAAAGGAGGAAAUCUGGCAAUAAUUGAGAAUGAAGGAGAGCAGAGAUUUUUGAAUGAGCAUGUCAACAACUCAAAUGCUUGGAUUGGUCUCUCUGAUUUAAACGAAGAAGGAAAGUGGCUUUGGGUAGACAACAAAAUUCUCACCAGAAGAUACUGGGUGAAAGGGCAGCCUGAUGACUGGAAAAAAUCAAAUCCUUCUGGAGAGGACUGUGUUCACAUAAAACCCCUGCCACAAACCCUUAACACCUGGAAUGAUGUAUCUUGUGACAGCAGAAUGAAAAGGAUUUGUGAAAAAAGUUUAAACAUGUAAAGUGUUUUAUUGUAGAUGCUUACUCUAGCAUUUACUUUAAAAUUAAUUUCUCUUUAAAUUAAAAUAUAUUU